GGAUACCAGCUCACAAGAAGUGAAAUUAGAAAUGUUUAGAUUUCGAGAAUUUCUGCAGAGUGAAGAAGGAAACACUUUCUUGUGUGAAAUGCAGAAGAAAUCUGAGAGUAUAAUAUCUUUAAAUUCAGAUUUAGGAAGUGAAACAGACGGAAUACUAAAUUUUGUGUAUAAAAACUGUGAAAUAGUGUUGAAGGAAGAUGACAUCACGACUCUGGACACAGAUGCUAUUGUUAAUGCUGCAAAUGGUAAAUUGGAUCAUAAGGGAGGAAUUGCGGCAGCCAUUGUGCAGAAAGGUGGGUUUGAAAUUCAGGCGGAAUCUAACAAAAUUAUGAAUCAAAGAAGGAGUGAACUGAAAACUGGAGAAGUAGUGUCAACUAAAGCUGGUAAACUCAAAUGCAAGACUAUCAUUCAUGCUGUUGGACCCGUUUGGAAUAAUGGACGAACCAAUGAAAUUUUUCACCUUUCAAGAGCUGUUCAAAAUUGUUUGGCAUUCCUUGAAGAAAAGUCUUAUACAUCAAUUGCAAUUCCUGCCAUCAGUACAGGUAUUUAUGGUAUACCCAUAGAAGAAGGAACCAAAUGUACAGUAAAGACGAUAAAGAAUUAUCUUGAUACUCACACAAAUUCUAAAAUAAAACAUAUUUGUUUAAUUGAUGUACGGAAGGAAGUAAUCAGAGCUUUUAAGCUUCAUCUAGAAAUGGUGUUUGGAAUCAGUAAAAGCAGAGGAACCACAUCAUUCAACGCAUCCCUUCUUGGUCCACAACAGAAAGCAGCCCCUAUGACACCCAGAACUAAUGUGGCAUCCGGAGAAAAUGCUGGCAUCAAAAUACAACUAAUGAUUGGUUCAAUUUCUAAUGCAUCUGUUGAUGUCAUCGUUAACAGCACCAAUAAACACCUCCAGCUUAAUGAUGGUUCUAUCUCCAAAUUUAUUCUCAAUGCUGCUGGUCCACAGAUACAAGCUGAAUGUAACCGGAAAUAUCCUCAAGGUAUUUCUACAUUUGAAAUAGCCAUCACUGAAGGAUAUAACCUCAACUGUGAGAAUGUAAUUCAUCUGGCAUUACCUCCCUGGGAUGAAAAUUCAUCUGAUUCAAUAUUGCGAAACUUGACUAGCAUGGUAGACACUUGUCUAGGAACUGCUUCAUGUCUUAGUGCAAAAAGCCUUGCAUUUCCUAUAUUAGGAGCUGGAGUAUUGAAAUAUCCCAUUGAAAAACUACCUGGAACUAUGUAUGAAGCAGUCAAAGAGUCACCUCGAAAAUACGAUAUCAAAGAUGUUUACUUUGUUGUUUUCCCUAAAGACACAGAAAUAGUAAAGAAAUUUAAAGAAUAUUUCCAACAAAUGUCAGCAGAUGGCUCAGCUGUAACAUCAGAUGAUGAAGAUGACGAAGAUGAAGAAAUAGAAGAUAAUGUCUCUACUGGUCAACACGAUGAUGGUGUCACCUUGAAAUUCUUUGCUAAAUACCAAAAUCUUGACAAUGCUAUAGAAACUGUUAAAAAAGAAUACCUUUCUCUGUUGACCACUGAGGAAAUACCAUUUGAUACAAAUUUAACAGAAUCUCGAAAGCUGAGUUUAAGGGAUAUUAGUAGAACACAUGAAGUCCAGAUUUCUAUCAGUAACAAAAUUACAAUUUAUGGCAGACAUUCUCUUGUAAAAGAUGCCAAACUCUCUGUCCAAUCAUUAUUAAUGGGAUUCAAAGAAACUGACGAGGAAACUCUUCUUAAAACAAUGGUACAAUGGUCUUGCUUUGAUGAAAAUUUUCCAGCAAACCUACAAAUGUUUAAAGACAAAGUAAAUGCCAAGCUUGAGAAAGCAUACUCACAGAAGAAAAAAACCCUUGAUUGGGAAAACAUAAAAUUUGAUAUUAAGAAAAUGAGUUUUCAACUCAGAGGGAGGAAAUAUAAAAUGAAGAGACAACAAAACCUAAAAGAUGAAGUGACCCCUGAUACAUGGUCACCAAUGGGAGACAAGGAAUUAAUUAAAAUCGUUCCAGUAACAAAUGGACCAGAAUAUGAUGACAUCCAAGCCACUUUCCGUCGGAAGUUGCCUUCCUGUCGUAUAAUCAAAAUUGAGAGAAUUCAAAAUAAAACAUUAUACCAUGGAUACCAAGCAUUGAAAAGAAAGUUUGAGGUAGAAAAUCCAAACAUUACAAAUGAAGUUGAUGGCCUUUGGCAUGGUACUGCUGAAAGAUCUGUUGAUGGAAUAAAUAAAUCAGGAUUCAACCGUAGCUAUUGUGGUAAAAAUGCCACAGCAUAUGGUGAAGGUGUUUAUUUUGCCAGAGACAUCCAAUAUUCUGCAAGGGAUACCUAUUCUGCUCCUGACCAUAACGGAAUAAAGAGAAUAUACAAAUGCAGUGUUCUUGUGGGAAGA